AUGGGUCCUUUUUUUUCUCAGACAUUUAUAGCUCCUUUUUAAUUGUUUUCAAAGUUAUAUUUUUACAAUUUAAUACAACGGUGAACUCUACCAGUUAUUGCAACUUCAAUUUCCUGACACCUGUUUUCAUUCCUUCAUCUUUUUCCUUUUGUUUUUUGCCAAUUUAAUUAGAAUCUUGGUGUUUCUUGGAUACAUGUGCGAGGGCCCUCAUUGCAUACAAUUUGUGGACUUUGCACUGCCGUUAACAGUUUAGGAGGAUAAUCAAAUACACUGUAGAAGUUUAAAGAAAAAGGGUGAGAUAUGGAUUUAGACUCUGAGGAUUCCGCUUUGGGUUUGUCUCAGCUGGAGGAUAAGGGACAGAACAAUGGAGGACUCUCGGUGGACUCGAAGCUUGGUGGAUUGAGAAAUGUGAGAGUCAAGUCACUGAAUAAGUUUAAGAACUCCAGGGGCUUGAAAAUGGAGUCACCACCUUCAGGGUCAAUCAAGAGAUCUGCUGUGGCUGAAGGAAAUGUGAGAAUAUCAUGCUUGGUUGAUGGCUGCAAAUCUGAUCUUGGAAAAUACAGGGAACACUACAGGCGCCAUAGGGUCUGUGAGCACCACUCCAAGGACCCGGUUGUCACCAUUGGGGGUGAAGAGCAAAGGUUCUGUCAGCAAUGCAGCAGGUUUCAUGCUGUAGGGGAGUUUGAUGAGGAGAAAAGGAGCUGCAGGAAACGUCUUGAUGGGCAUAACAGGCGCCGAAGAAAACAUCGGCCGGAAUCUUUGUUCACCAGCGCUGAAUCAAAUUUAGGUAGCACAAUCUUGCAAUUCAGCGACGCAACCCCUGCAACGGUUUAUGAUAGUUAUGAGCAAUUGGAUCUUGUUGGUAGACUAAAGCCUCCAAAUCCCUUGGCUUGCAUCAAACAUGUAGAAAACAGAGAGUUCGCUGGCCUGCUGACACAUGACCAUGAAAGGAUCAACCAAGUAAUCCCUGUGGUUUCUGAUGGUCGACGGUUUGCCAAUGUCAUUCCUUCGUCAGAGGGUGGCAGAGGUAGCCAAAAGAUGCAAGCCAAUGGGAUAAUCCGACCCAUCGAUUCCUACUGUGCUCUCUCUCUUCUGUCACCACUUGUGCCUCUGCACACAAAUGUCAUCCAUUCAAUAGCACAGGCCUCUAACUCUCACGGUGGUAUGGGUCAGCCUUUUAGCUCAACUCUGAUCCCUGAGAGGAACCAGACUUUGCAGUGGCAACACGAUCCAUCAAGCUUGGCCCAAAAAAUUGCUAGACGACCAGGCCUGGAUUACAUAUAAUUGCUCCCGAACUGAAAUGUUCUAUGCCGAAGUGGUCAGGCUCUCCCACAACAUCUGGCCAAUACUUUCCCUUUCUUUGCCUUGAGAUAUCUUUGUAUUGGGAUAGCAAUGUCCUCUUUGAGCCCUAAUA